UUUCUUUUGAGCACUCAAAAUUAUUUAGCAAAUCAAUUAAAACAUGGGUGAGGGAAGAGGCAGUGCCAAUAGCUUAAGUGUUAUUACAGUGCUAGUAUUGUGUAUGUUUGUGUUUCAUCCUAAGAUGAUUCAUGCAGAAACGUACAUAGUUGGUGAUGGAAAAGGUUGGUCCUUUGGUGUUCAAAACUGGCCUUCAGGAAAAACUUUCAAGGAAGGUGAUAUACUUGUAUUCAAUUACACUCCUGUGAUACACAAUGUGGUGACAGUGAAAGAGUUUGGCUACAACUCAUGUGUGGCUCUAGGAGGAUCUAAAUUAUAUUUAUCUGGAGCAGAUAAAGUUACACUUGUUAAGGGAAUGAACUAUUUCAUAUGUGGUAUUCCCGGUCACUGCAACUUGGGAAUGAAAAUUGCAGUCAAUGCUAUCUAAAUUAAUGUAUUCUAUUCCUAAAUAAAUAAUUAAUAUUUUAAAAAUUA